AUUGACGGAUUUGCAUAUCACCUAGCACUAUGCAAAUAAAACAAAUGCACUGACCUUUGAUUUAAUCAACUGUCUUCAGCCACAGUAACACAACUGAGCAUAGCGCACAAUAUCUGGUCCAGACUCCAGAAUAUGGAUUUCCUGGUGUCUCCGCCAUGUGGACCUGUGUUUGGGGUUCAGCAGAAACACAACAUUCUCCCAGUGGUUCCUUGUAACCAAGAAUUUUACAAGAUCUUCCUAAAGGGACACCUUAAAGUUCUUGGGGCUGUCCAGAUAACACUGGUGCUCCUGCAUUGGUCCCUGGGGGCUGUGCUCUCAUCCUCAUCUUCAGAAGACUUGAUUUCUAGAACUGCAAACAGUGGAAUUCCAUACUGGGCUUCAGUGGUAUAUCUGGUCUCAGGAGGCUUGUGUGUUACUGUUGAGAUCAAGCCCAGUCUAACCUUGAUAAAAUGGACCUUUGCAUUUUCCGCCAUCUGCUGCUUGAUGUCCUUGAUAGAGUUUUGUUUAAUCUGUGUGGAUUUGAAUAACCUUAAUGGUGGUUAUAGCUGUCCACCAUGGCAUCCUUGCUGGGACGGGGACUAUGUGGCUAAGCUGCACAGGAUAGCUUUGGCAUUCCUCUUUAUUGCUUGUCUGGGGCAGCUUGGAAUGUUCAUUUAUCUGCUGUUUAUCGGUAAAAAAGCAUUGAGUGCCAAGGAGGAUUACACACCAGAGGUAUUUGCUGUAAACAAUGAAUAUAAGUAUUUUAUAUCUUGUGAAAUGUCACAACCAGCUAAUGAAAACCAAAAUUACAUUCCUCUGACCCCCAACAGCAAGACAUCAGAUGUCAAAAUAUGAUGGGAAUCCUGUUUAUGACAGCUCUAAGAAGGAAGGCUAACUACUAAUAGUAUAUUAUACGUGAAAAUAGAUUCAUGAUUGGGAUAUUUUUGGGGAUUAGAGACUGGCUAAAAUGUGGAAAUACUCCUGCUGGUUUCAGAAAACCUUGCUUUAAGCGUUUACUACUCCAACACUUCAUAUUCCUGAUAUGUGCCUGCUGUACCAUAUACAUGUAUGGAAUGUAUCCUGUUCUCUUUGUAUUGCUUCCUUUGUGUGAAAUCCCUGGUGUUCCUGCCAGUCCCUUUGCGUUCCUAAUAAAAACUGAUCACACUAAUCAGGGGAGCAAACCGUGGUCAGUCCUCCAGCUGUGCUGGGAACUCAGUGUUCUCUCCUCCAAUUAUCAGACUUGUCCUUAGAUGCCCCCUCUGCACGGCCAUUAACUGGGAAGCUCAGUGUGAUGCUCCUCCUCCCAGCUCUUAUGCAGCUGAGAACAAAGGGUAUGAGAUCACUUUAAA